AUGUCCGCUUCCGCUGUUAUCCCUAUUGAAGAUCGUCCUUUGAAGAACACCAUUGUUCUGUUCGAUGUUGAUGGAACUCUAACCCCAGCUCGUGAGGAAAUCACCCCCGAGGUCCGCGAGAUCCUUGAGCAAUUGCGUAAGAAGGCUGUCAUUGGUUUCGUUGGUGGUUCUGAUCUUGCUAAGCAAAAAGAACAGCUUGGUGAUGAUGUUUUGGCCAGAUUUGACUACUGUUUCUCUGAGAAUGGUCUUACUGCUUACAAGUUGGGCAAGCAAUUGGCUUCUCAAGACUUCAUCACUUGGCUUGGUGAGGAGAAGUACAAUAAGCUUGUUAAGUUUGUUCUCCGUUACCUUUCUGAGAUUGACCUUCCCAAGCGUAGAGGUACUUUCAUUGAGUUCCGUAACGGAAUGGUUAACAUCUCCCCUGUUGGCCGUAAUGCCUCUAUUGCAGAGCGUCACGAGUUCGAGCAAUAUGACAAGGAGCACAAGAUCCGUCCUAAUCUUGUCGAGGCUUUGAAGAAGGAGUUCCCCGACUACGGUCUCACCUACUCUAUUGGUGGCCAGAUCUCUUUCGACGUCUUCCCCACCGGUUGGGAUAAGACCUAUGCUUUGCAACACAUCGAGAACGAGCAUUUCAAGGAGAUCCACUUCUUUGGUGACAAGACCUUCAAGGGUGGUAACGAUUACGAAAUCUAUGAGGACCCCAGAACCAUUGGCCAUGCUGUCAACUCUCCUGCUGAUACCGUCAGAAUUUUGAAGGAGCUCUUCUUUUAG